AUGAAGGUAGCACAAAUGAGCGAUGAAGAUCGCCGACGUGUUGAAGAAUUGCGUGAAUUGGUCAAACAGAAUUUAACUGAAUACUACGAUACGGAUUUCAAUCUGUUACGUUGGCUGCAAGGACAUCCUGAUUUGGAAUUGAAGGAUAUCGCUGAAAAACUGAAUCAACAUCUCAAAUUGAGAUCAACGGUAUGGAAAUUCGAUGAGAUGUGGCAAAAACCAAUGCAGCGCAACUGUCAAAAACGUAAUCCGAAACAUAUCCAACAAAUACCUUACGAAAACGCUGUGGUUGUCGUGGAUCAGGUUCGGAUGUUGAGUUCGUCGAAAUGGCGUCAAGAAAUAUUGAAAUAUGCGAGUGCUAAAGCAUUACCUAGGCAGUGGAAUAUUAAUGGCGAAGACGUAUUCAAAGCGGAUGUGAUCAUACCAACACCGUACGAUAAAACACUGUGGUACAUCAAUCGUAAUGAAAAGGUGAAGAGGCAUUUGAAAACAAAUCAUAAGAAAUAA